UCUCGGAUACUUCGAGGCUCCCCACUCUUCCCUAAACAUUCUUUGAACCUGUUCCCAGAAGAAACUCCUACUUUUCCUGGUACGUGUACUGACACGCCUCUUCCUGUGUUUCUCCCGCGCUAUAUCUGUUGUCUCUGGGGUUGUCUGUUUUUCUAUCUUUCACACGCGCAUAGAUUAAUGGGUGUUUGCUUCUCGUCCGUUUGGGGUAGAGAGUCUCGGCCUUCUCAUCCCACUGCUAAGAUCAUCUCCGUCAAUGGUGUCCUUCGCGAAUAUCCUGUCCCUGUUACUGUCUUCCAAGUCCUUGAGACCGAAAAGUCCUCGUCCUCUUCUUCUUCUUCGUCGUCGUCGUCGUGUUUCGUCUGCAAUUCUGACCGUUUGUAUUACGACGACUACAUUCCGGCCUUGGAUGGGGCCGAGGAGCUUCAGGCCAAUCAGAUCUACUUCGUGCUUCCCGCUUCUAAGCUUAAGCAGCGGUUGACCGCUUCGGAUAUGGCCGCCUUGGCCGUCAAAGCCAGCGUUGCUCUUCAGAACACCUCCAAAAACAACGGUCAUCGCCGGAAGAAGGCCCGUAUAUCUCCGGUUAUUAUGGUUAAGCAAUCGGUUUCUUUCGAAAGUACUAAGAUUAAUCUUGAUUAUGACGGCACUGAAGAUCGAUUUGGGUAUGGGUACGGACCCAGAUCGCAAAAGAAGACCCCCGUUUCGGAUGCCAAGCCGGGCGUCAGGGGAUUAUCUCGAGCCGGGUCUGUGAGAAGGUUGCAGAGAUACACUUCUACAAGGGCGAAAAUGGCGGUUCGUUCCUUUAGACUCAGGUUGAGCACCAUUUACGAAGGGACUGUUCUCUAGAUGAAUUCCUUCUGCUCUCUGUAACUACAUCAAAGAAAAUUAAUAUUCCUUCUUUGUUCUUAAGUUCAAUCGUUUCUGUAACAUACUUAUCUCCAUGUAGACAAAAACGGAGGUUGGGACUGAGUUUGUACUUUUUGCAGUUUUGAUUAAUGAAUCAUUGAUCUUAAAUUU